GGAGGGAGGGAUUUAAAGGGCAAGAAACGGAGGGAGAUUUAGAUAGAGCCUACAGAGUGAGAGCGAGGGAAGAGAGCCAGCAUAGAGCAGGAGCAGAGGCGGUGGAUGGGGAGAAGAGAAGAGGAGAGGCAUUGACUGGAAGCGUCCACAUGGGAGAGAAGAAAACGGCUAUUUCAUGUGCUCACUGUGCAUGACUGAGGAGUGCGGCUGUCUUGUCUGGAUUGUUAGUCAUCUGAUGCUCCACAGCUAGAGGACACACGAAGAGAAACACACAAGGCAGGCUGGGGGACGUAGAGCUGUGUGCAGAGGAUGAACAGGCGAUGUGGGCUCUCUGGCUGUGAUCGCUGCUGUCCUCAGACCCCGUAGCCACUUGUGCACUGGUGCUGUUGCAGGCCGUUAGCCUUGCAGUUAGGCAGCAGCAGCAGUCAGAGUGAUUGAUACAGAAUGAGCUCCAAGCACUCCUCCGACUGGAUCCCCUACAGCACUUUAGAUGAUGAGGGCACCAACCUCCGACAGCAAAAACUGGACAGACAGCGGGCGCUCCUCGAACAGAAGCAGAAGAAGAAGAGGCAGGAGCCUCUGAUGGUCCAGUCUAAUGUGGACGGGAGGUCCCGAACUCGUCGGACCAAACAGAGUGAGGAACAGGCUCCGCUGGUGGAAUCCUACCUCAGCAGUAACAGCAGCACCAUCUACCACGUGCAAGAAGCUGAACAGGAGGAGGUAAAGGUGAUAGCGGACGCACAGCCGCCUCGCUCAGGCAAAAAGGGCAAAGCAUCGGCCAGCUCCACUCCGCAGACAGGCAGCGACAAGAAGGAGAGGAAGGGGAAGCACAAAGCAGCGAUCGAUGGCCUGGCUUCCCAGCAGGAUGAUGGUCAGAUCCAGAUCCUGACAGUGGGUCAUAACACCACAGAGGAGGGCGAGGCAGAGCCCGUCAUGAGCUGCACUCAGUCGCAGAGUAAACAGGACCUGCGCGUCACCAUGCUCAAGAAAGGUAUGUCCAGCAGUAUGAAUUUUGAUGAAGAAGAGGACGAUGAAGAUGAAAUUAGCUCCAGUUCCUCACAGCUCAACAGCAACACGAGACCAGGCUCCGCCACGAGCAAGAAGUCAUGCAAGGAGGUAGCGUCAGCACCGACUCCACCAGUCAAUGAGCCUGUCAUCGAUGUAGAUGACCUUGAAGAGUUUUCUCUGCGACCCGCACCACAGGGGGUCAGAGUGAAGUGCAGAAUCACCAGGGACAAAAAGGGCAUGGACAGAGGCAUGUAUCCCACCUACUACCUUCACCUGGAGAGAGAGGACGGCAAGAAGGUGUUUCUGUUAGCUGGCAGGAAGAGGAAAAAGAGUAAAACAUCCAAUUACCUCAUAUCUAUCGAUCCCACUGAUCUGUCCCGAGGUGGAGAGAGCUUCAUUGGGAAACUGAGGUCUAACCUCAUGGGAACCAAGUUCACUGUAUACGAUAGUGGUCUGAACCCUCUGAAGAGCACUACCAGCCUCGAAGCUAGCAACCUGCGCCAAGAGCUAGCAGCCAUUUGCUAUGAAACCAAUGUCUUAGGAUUCAAAGGACCUCGCAAAAUGAGCGUCAUCAUUCCUGGAAUGAACAUGGACCAUGAAAGAGUGUCUAUUCGUCCACGUAACGACCACGAGUCACUGCUGGCCAGGUGGCAGAACAAGAACACAGAGAGCGUGAUUGAACUGCACAACAAGACCCCUGUUUGGAACGACGACACACAAUCCUAUGUGCUCAACUUCCACGGCAGAGUCACUCAGGCGUCCGUCAAGAAUUUCCAAAUUAUUCAUGACAAUGACCCUGACUACAUUGUGAUGCAGUUUGGCCGCGUGGCAGAGGAUGUCUUCACCAUGGACUAUAACUACCCAAUGUGUGCCCUCCAAGCCUUUGCUAUUGCGCUUUCCAGCUUCGACAGCAAGUUAGCCUGUGAAUAGAUCCCAGCCUCGAGUUCAGUGGAGAACUGGUCCAUCUGUCCUCUUAACAAGGGCUGUUAACGUAUCACUGGUUUGAGCUCUCCAACUCAACCGGUACUGUACCUUGGAAGUCCUCCAUAUCCCAAAAUGCUUUAUGGGCCUCAAGUAUUGUGUGUAUGUGCGUGGG